AUGGACCAGGCCUGGGACAAAGCCCACCGGCCUUGGCCGAGCACAGCCGAUAUCCUGGUGCGGGAGCUGAGCUGGCAAGGCCCGCACAACCCCUGCCCGAAGAGCAAGGACCCGGGCAGCCAUGGCGAGCAGUUGGUAGAGGAGUACCUGUCACCUGCCCGACUGCGCGCCCUGGCCCAGGUAGAUGACCUUCGACUGGUGGGCAUGCUGGAGAUGUGCGUCAGCACCCGUGAGAGCAGCCUGGGGAACUUCGGGGUGCACCUGCCCAACCUCAGCCAGCUGAAGCUGAACGGUAGCUGCCUGGGCUCCGUGAGAGACCUGGGCACCUCCCUGGGCCGCUUGCGGGUGCUGUGGCUGGCCCGCUGCGGCCUGACCGACCUGGAUGGCAUUGGCUGCUUCCCGGCCCUGAAGGAGCUCUACGUCUCCUACAACAACAUCUCAGACCUGAGCCCGCUGUGCCUGCUGGAGCAGCUGGAGGUCCUGGACCUGGAGGGUAACAGUGUGGAGGUCCUGGAGCAGGUGCGUUACCUGCAGCUGUGCCCGAGGCUGGCCACGCUCACCCUGGAGGGCAACCUGGUGUGCCUGCGGCCAGGGCCCAGCCCCUCCAACGAGCCUCCACGGGGUGGUGGUGCCCAGCUAGGCCACAGCUCUGGGCUCAGGGGAGCUCCACAGGCCAGAGGACACCACUGGACCUUGGCUGUGAGCCUAGAGGGAAGGUCUGGAGGAAUCAGCCACGGGAGGGGCCCCGCUAGACCCAGGCCCGCCACGCCCUCCACCCUGCAGGUGCCCCCCGGCUACAACUAUCGGGCAGAGGUGAGGAACCCCGCAUACCUGCCCCCAGGCCAGGAUAACCUCCCUGUGAGCAGAGCAGCGCCUGAUCAUCCCCACGGAGCCCCCAUCCGGACACUCGGCUCCCAGCUCUCCUUGCCUGAGACCCAGCCACGGGCCCCCAGGCCACGGCCCCCCUCCCUACUGGUCACUGGGGGUCCCCUGCCGGGAGGCCUGCUUCCCAAGGACCCAGCUCCACAGGACGACACCAGUAACCUCACCCACGGUGCUAGCCGAGUCCUCUGCGGAAACCCCACCAAAGGCCUGCGGGAGCGUCGACACCAGUGCCAGGCCUGGACACCUCCGGAGCAGCUGGCCCCACAGGAGGACCUGGCUGCCAGUGCCUCCACCCCAGGGCCUGACCCUGCAGACAGCAGUGAACUCCUGGCCUUGGCUAGGCUCCAGGCCCGGAGGGAGCUGCGCCUUCGUAGGUACCUGGAGUCCCAGCAGGAAGGUGCCACAGCCCCCUGGGGCCCACGGGGGGCGCCCGAAGAACAAGAGGACGAAUCUAAGCCCAGGACUCCCUCUGGCCCCCAAUGUCUGGUCCCAGAGUCUUCUAGGACCUCAGGCUGUAACCUGAUCCCCUCUCCCCCUAAGUUCCCCUUGCCAUCUGAUUCCAGCAACACCUUCUGGGGGUCCACAGACCUGCAGUUCAGGAGGCGUAGGCUCAGAGCCCUAGGCAGCUUGAGGCCUGGCCUGGGUCAGGGGCUAGCUGCGGUGACAGCUCUAAGAGGCCUGGAGGUGGCCUCGGGGCCGAACCCUCGAGCCCAAGGAUGUCCCAGCCCAAAGCCAGCCCCGGAUCCAGCAGCCAGACCUCCCCGGCCUCCGGUGCGUGCAGCACCUGAACCCUAUCACCCCAGCCCAAUCCCACCCCUAGUGUAA